AUGGAAACACGUGAUAACGACUUACCAGAGCCUGUUAAUGCGAAUGUGACAAGGGAGGGAAGUAUUCAAGAUGACUUCGGCAUGGAGCUCGAACCCCCAGAGGACGGAUCUACAGUACAACAUCCGCCAAACGGUGGCCUCCGAGCCUGGCUGAUAGUACUGUCAUGUACAGGUAUCAAUGCAUUAUUAGCUGGAGGACUGGGUUUACUAACUUAUUGUCUGAUAUCUAUGUCCAAUGAUACCGAUAUACCUUCAGAGACGCUACAAGAAAUUGCUUUUGAGUACCUUGCGCUCAUCCAAAUGUACAGUGCUCUUGCGGCAAUUGUAAUGACUAUUCUUGGUUAUCGUGUGACUAUCGCUAUUGGUGCUUGCCUUUUAAUGGUCACGUUUAUCAUUGUGUCAUACCUGGAAGGUAACGAAGGAUUGUUAAAAUUCCUGAUUUAUGGACCAGUUGCAAUUGGUGCCAGCUUCAUUCGGUUUGGAGGGUUUAUUCCGGUUUUGGAAUAUUUUACAACGAAGAGAAUGGCUGCUUUAUUCCUUGCCAGAUUAGGAGCGUUCAUUGGAUCUAUAGUCCCUGUUGUAAUUUAUAUUGUGAUGCCAGGAAAGAUUACAGCUAAGUGGAGGGAUGUUUUAAGGGGUUCUACAGGGAUAUGUGUUGGUAUAGGGCUUCUUGGUUUGACCCUUAAAGAGCCCAAACUCACUAUGAGAGAUGACGAGUCAGCAACAUUUGUACAGAGAACCUUUGGACUUUUUAAGAAAGACAUUCCAAAAAGUGCUCUUGGUUCACCUUAUUGA